AUCCUGGCUGUCUGCCGGCGGUCCACAAGCUUUUUGAUAUCGCAUCGCUUACAGUUAAGAAUCUCCAUCAAUCACCGUCUCCGUCGAGCCAAUUCGGAGUGUCUCCUCAACUAAUGGAAGUUCCGGCACUGCAAGCCAGAUUCCGGUUCCCUCGAGCUUCCAUAUCCCCAUGUUUAAGUUAUAAACACAAGCUCGCUGCACCUGAGAACUCGCCUGAAAGACUGCACUCUUUAACUCUCAAGAGAAGAUCUGUUCUUCAGUUCCUUGGAUUGAGCCCUAUUCUUCUAAAUGUAUGCACUGUCACGGCUGCACCAAUGCAGGAGAUGAAAGAGCCUGAUGUUAUACGGACCCUAAAGCUUGCUAGUGGAGUGAGGAUACAAGAUAUUGUUGAAGGGGAAGGACCAGAGGCUCGCGAUGGAGAUCUUGUGGAGAUUAAUUAUGUCUGUCGAAGGUCCAAUGGAUAUUUUGUCCAUAGUACCGUGGAUCAGUUUAGUGGAGAAAGUGCCCCUGUUGUUCUUCCUUUGGAUGAUAAGCAGAUAAUACAAGGUCUGAAGGAAGUAUUAACUGGAAUGAAGGCAGGAGGGAAAAGAAGAGCACUCAUACCACCUUCGGUUGGUUACAUCAGUGAAAACUUAAAGCCGGUUCCAAAUGAGUUUGGCCCUCGUCGCAGCCUGUUGUCCCAUGCAAAUGAGCCUUUAAUAUUUGAAGUUCAGCUGCUAAAAGUGUUAUGAGUUCUGUAAAUUAUUUAUGUUGUCUAUGAUUCACUCACUUGAUUCUGUAGCAUUAACUUCAAAUGAUGUUGGGAUUGUGAUCUGGUUGAUCACUGUAUAAUGUAUCUUACUUGAAUGAUCCAUAAUCCAAGAUUUGAAGCAACUAAAUUUGAUAUGGUGUGAUAGACUUGACAGGAAAA